AACUUGUAAUAUUAAAUAGAAAAUAAGUUAUUACAUGUAUAUUACAAAACCUUUACAAUUUAUUACAUUAUUGAAACAUUUUGCUCGAGCUUUUUGAAAUGACGAUUUUCAAAUCAUCUCUCUUUUUAGCCCACCAUCAUUAGAUGGUGGGCUAUUCAAAUCACUCUGCGUCCGUGGUCCGUCCGUCCGUCAUUCCGUCCGUCCGUUAACAAUUUCUCGUUAUCGCAUCUCCUCAGAAACUACUGGGGUGAUUUUGACCAAACUUUGUCAGAAUGAUGUAUUUGUACCCUAGUUGUGUCCCUCUGAAAAUCAGACUGGUUCAACAUUUUUCUAGUGAGGAAUGGCCCUUUGUUUAUUUUUAUAAUUUACAUAGAUUUAUAUAGGGAAAAUUUUUGAAAAUCUUCUUGUCCAAAACCACAGGGCCUUAAGGGCUUUGAUAUUUGGUAUGAAGCAUCAUCUAGUGGUCCUCUACCAAGAUAAUUCAAAUUAUAUCCCUGGGGUCAAAUAUGGCCCCGCUCCGGGGUCACAUGGUUUUGACUUAUAUAGGGAAAAACUGAGAAAAACCUCUUGUCCAAAACCACAGGGCCUAGGGCUUUGAUAUUUGCAUGUGACAUCAUCUAGUGGUCUUCUACUAAAAUUGUUCAAAUUAUCCCCCUAGGGUUAAAUAUGGCCCCGCCCUGGGGUCACAUGGUUUAUAUAGACUUCUAUAGGGAAAAACUUCAAAAAAACCUCUUGUCUAAAACCACAGGACCUAGGGCUUUGAUAUUUUGUAUGUGACAUCAUCUAGUAGUCUUCUACUAAGGUUGUUCAAAAUAUCCCCCUAGGGUCAAAUAUGGCCCGCCCUGGGGGUCACAUGGUUUAAAUAGACUUAUAUAGGGAAAAACUUUGAAAAUCUUCUUGUCCAAACUACAAAGCCUAUGGAUUUGAUAUUUGUUAUGUAGCAUCAUCUCGUGGUUCUAUACCAAGUUUGUUCAAAUUAUCCCCCUAGGGUCAAAUAUGGCCCCGCCCUGGGGGUCACAUGGUUCAUAUAGAUUUAUACGGAAAAAAGCUUUUAAAAUCUUCUUGUCAAUAACCUACAACAUUCAAAUUUGGACCACAUGUAUAGUUUUGAGUGGCAAGAUGAACAUUGACAUGAGUUGACCUUGAUAUUGACCUAGUGACCUACUUUCACAUUUCUGUAGCUACAGCCUUCACAUUUGGACCACAUGCAUAGUUUUGUGCACCGGAAAAAAACUUUGACCUUGACAUUGACCUAGUGACCUACUUUCACAUUUUUGAAGAUACAGGCUCCAAAUUUGGACCACAUGCAUAGUUUUGUGUUCCGAAAUGAAAUUUGACCUUUAUUUUGACCUAGUGACCUUCUUUCACAUUUCUCAAGCUACAGCCUUGAAAUUUGGACCUCAUGCGUAGUUUUAUACUGAAAAAGACUUCGACCUUGACAUUGACCUAGUGACCUACUUUCACAUUUUUGAAGGUACAGGCUUCAAAUUUGGACCACAUGCAUAGUUUUGUGUUCAGAAAAAAAUUUGACAUUGAUUUUGACCUAGUGACCUACUUUCACAUUUCUCAAGCUACAGCCUUCAAAUUUGGACCAUGUGGAUAGUUUUGUGUUCCGAAAUGAAGUUUGACCUUGAUUUUGACCUAGUGACCUACUUUCACAUUUCUCAAGCUACAGCCUUCAAAUUUGGACCACAUGCAUAGUUUUGUGUACCGAAAACACUUUGACCUUGACAUUGACCUAGUGACCUACUUUCACAUUUCUCAAGCUACAGCCUUCAAAUUUGGACCACAUGCAUAGUUUUGUGUACCGAAAAAAACUUUGACCUUGAUUUUGACCUAGUGACCUACUUUCACAUUUUUGAAGGUACAGGCUUCAAAUUUGGAUUACAUGCAUAGUUUCGUGUUCCAAAAUAAAAUUUGACCUUGAUUUUGACCUAUUGACCUACUUCCACAUUUCUCAAGCUACAGGCUUCAAAUUUGGAUUUGGACCACAUGCAUAUUUUUGUGUUCCGAACUGAAAUUUGACAUUGAUUUUUAUCUAAUACCUACUUUCACAUUUCUCAAGCUGCAGCCUCCAAAUUUGAAGAACAUGCAUAGUUUUGUAUACCGAAAUGAACUUUGAACUUGAAAUUGAUCUUGUGACCUAGCUACUUUCACAUUUCUCAAGCGACAGCUUUCAAAUUUGGAUCACAUACAUGGACCACAUGUGAUGUGUACUGAAAUGAAAUUUGACCUUGAUUUUGACCUUGAGCUAGUCUUGAAAUUUGGAACAAUCAAAAAUGGCUCAAUUGUGGGCGCCAAGAUCACUCUGUGAUCUCUUGUUUAUAAGUUUAAACUUUCAAUUGAUGUAUGAGUGCAUUUCUAUCAACAUUAAAUCUAUGCUGAAAGUACUUUAUCAAUAUGUCGAAGACAGUAUCAUUCUAAUAUAUAUUUAUGUAAACCAACCCAAAAUCGGACAGAAUAUGUUUUUAAAUCUUUUAAUUGUUUAGAUCAAAUGAAAGCUUAUAUAUUUUAAGGCCGAUCCAUCAAGGCUCGUUUCACUGUAUUAAAAAAAAUUGUUUCCUGAAAAACAUUUAUUUAUUUUUCAUUUAAAGUUAUUUGCUUCUUUCUCGAUUUGUUUCAAUAACAAAAGAAAAGUAUAUAUUUUGUGUACUUUGUUUGAAUGUGAAUUUCCUGUCGGAUAAGUAUCAAAAAUGCCAAUAAUAUUAAUAUCCUUAUAUGUAUUCAAAACAAGUUUGUUCAGAUUGACAGGAAUCAACAAAUGCAUUUGUGGUUAGUAAUGAAGGAUACAUUAUUCUUACAUAAAACACAAUGAGUGAUACAAUAUAAUACAAUAUGUCGAAGACGGAGAACGCUGAAAAGCACAAGAACAAAAAUAUGGAGCUAAGAUUUAAAGAGGAUAUAUUUUUGGAAAGGGGAGACAAGCUUGACUGUGACACCGGGAAAGUGGAUAUGAUAAAGAUAAAACGAGACGAUAAUGAUUCAUCUAGUGCUCUGAUGGAUAUUGAAGUUCUCCUAAAUACAUUUAAACAUUACCCUAUUGUGUUUCAAGCAGGGGACAUGUGCAUUCACCUCAAAUACGAUAAGAAAUUUCGCGCUAAAAUGAUAACAAACACAAAUACGAAAAUGAUUUUAUUAACAGGACUGACUGAUAUAUGUAACAUUUAUAAAACUUUUGUCAUUUUCGGAACUGAAGGAGAUAAAAUACAUGUAUUACCAAAAAAUGCUAUGACAUACUUUUUGUUCGACAAAUUACGUAUGAGUGAAGAAAGCAUGAAUGUUACAGUGCUCGUUGAACUUCGAGAUAUAAUACCGAUUUAUUACAAGGGCAGGAAAAAGAAUACUAGUGUUUAUUUAAAAAGUUUUAAAUCGAACAUACAUACAAUUGAACAUGAAACGAACGUCCAAAUUUCUACGGAAGAAGUCAGUGACAAUAGAGAUAAACGGCAGUUAGACACUUCUUUAAAAAACCAGAUGAAAGAGUUGAAAUCACGUUUAAGCAGGGUAACUCUUCCACAACGCGAAAGAGUCUUUUGUCAUUAUCCAGUUGAAGAUGGACUGUAUAAAUACCCAACACAAGUAAGCUCUGAUGAGCAACAAACUGACGAACAGGUUACAUCUGCCGGGCAUUCAUCCAUUUUCUCUGAUAGUCAUUCGUAUGCAUUUGGUAAUUCUUUGCACUUAUUCCAAAACAACUCCACUUUGUCUGCUGCGUCAAAUCGUCCAACAAACCCGGCCAGAUAUAGAGAUUAUAUGAACUACAACGAAAGAUUAACAUCUUACCUAAGGUGGCCACUAGAAUAUCCGACCUCUGCCCAGCUGAGUAAGGUUGGAUUUUUCUAUACUAAUCAAGGUGACCUUGUCCGUUGUUUCCAAUGUGGUAUUGGGCUUAAAGAUUUUUCUGAUGAUGAUGAUCCCUUAAUGGAACAUGUUAGACAUUCAGGACAAUGUCCCUUCUUGCCCAAACUGCUUGGGGAAGAAAGGCUAGCCACUUUAAAGAGACAAUUACAACAAGUUGAUCCAGAGUUUAAUCGUCGGCAGCAACUGAAUGGCGAAGUGGAUCCAGUUUUAAGAUCAAGUUACCGACAUCCCGAAUAUCAGUCAAUACAAGCACGUCUUUCAUCAUUUAAAAACUGGCCUUUACAGUUAAUACAAACACCUCAAAGACUGGCCGAAGCGGGUCUGUAUUACACAGGUAUUGAAGACCAAGUGCGCUGUUUUGCCUGUGACGGUGGUUUAAGACGCUGGGAUCCUGAAGACGACCCUUGGACAGAACACUGCAGAUGGUUUCCCGCGUGCCCUUAUGCUUUGGAACAAAAAGGGGAACAAUUCAUAGCUCUAGUGCAAGCGUCUGUUGAAAAUGAGAGGUUUGAGGCAAGUGGAGGGACAGGGCCUGAUGAUAUGACAGGUGCCAUGGAAAGACUACGAUUAAGGGACUCGGAAACUGAUAUUAUCAUUAAACAGCACGCCCCUAUAUGUCGUGAUAUGGGUUUUGAAGACACAGAAUUAAAAGAAGCCGUACUUGAACUUAGGGAUAGAGGAAACACAAAACCUUCAAUCGAAGAUAUAGUAGAUGCAAUAGAAGUGAUAAGAGAUAGAAAACAAGCCAAUAUUGAAACCGAAUGUAAUAUAACAGAGACACCUGUUGAGGAAAAUAAGCGACUUAAGAGUCAUGUAUUUUGUAUGAUGUGUGGAAAGAACGAAAUAAACGCAUUAUUCUUGCCGUGUACUCACCAUAGGCUUUGUAUGUCCUGUGCAGAACCGUUACAAACUUGUGCUGUUUGUCACCGAUAUAUCAAAGAAAAAAUUCGUACUUACAUGGCGUAAUAAAACGUGAUUUAUAAUUUAUAAUUUAAUGAUUUGAAAAUGCGAAAUUUCAUCUAGAUCAAGGUAAAGGGUUUCCAGUUUAUCGCGCAUAUGUAUAUAUAAAUAUUGCAUACAAACGGCUAGAGAAAAUGCUAUCUGAAACGGGCAAAGUUUUAAAAAGGAUAACGAUAACAAUGAAGUAGACAAACGUGGGAAACAAAAUGAACCGAAAACAGUUACAGUUGACGGUGCGUGAUGAAAUAUAAAGAGGACGGAUUUCUUUAAGAAAAAUACUAGACGUUUUUGCUUUCAUAAAGCAUAAUUUCAUAUGGGUUAGUUCUGGAGCUGUACGUAGGGUUUAUACCGCUCCCUGCCUAACGUUCGUGCACGUAAUUGUUUUGUUUUUUUUUUGUCCGAGGCCGAAGCUAACAACUACUCGCCGUACCAAAUAUUAUACUGUUUUGCAUAUAAUGAAUAACGUGUUUGGCACAUCUGUUGAUAUAAGUACACUUUUAUAUAUUUUAUGUUUGUAUAUUUUGGUAUUUUCUAAUAUUACUGGUAUUUAUUUGUUAUAACAUUACUGUUUACGGGUACCUUUUGGGGCCUAUCUAAAACAUUCAUAUAAUCAUAUUAUCAUGUUUACAUUUGGUUAGAAUAAUAAAAUUAAAAUAUACUAUUA